UCUCUUAGUUCGUACAUCCUCUGCUCAGCAACGAUCGUUCGUAGCACCAGCGUGAUUCACGCUGAUCGGAUAUUACAAACGACGCAGCUAUGCCUGACAUUAAUCGGGCGUGUCAUGUUUUCCUUCAAGAAGACGACGCAACUUUACCAUCUGUACGACCCCAGGGACGACUGGACAAGGCUGCCCGCGCUAGUUCUUCUCAGUCACGGGGUGUUCGUGCGCAUACAAUCACAACAACCUCUUCCCAGACAGUUGAUGCCUCCUGUGAUCGUAUGACGGAUACGGUAUCUUCUUGUAAUUGGAUUAUAGAUACUGGGGCGGCUUCACACCAUGUGACGGGUGAUCCUUUGUGUCUUACUAAUAUUGUACGUAUUACUGGCUGCCCGGUUGGACUACCCGAUGGACGGGUUGUCGUGGCUAAAAUGGAAAGCUAUACAUAUUUAUUCUGCGGCC